GCGAUUGCAAACGACUGGCAAAGCGAGGAGAUAACCUGCGUCGCAAUGAAUGACCACUAUGUCAAGGACCAGAACUGCCCCAGAGAGUUCUUGAUGAACAAGAACAACCGCGUGCUGGAUCCGACCCACUUGACCUCCCUGCCUGCCGCGGUUCGGGUGGGCAUUCGGGCCGCCCUGGCGUAUGGCCACCAGUUCGACACGCACUUCGAGACGGUGGAGUCUGCAGCCCCGGGCACGAAGUUCAUGAAGAAGGUCAGCAUCCGCACAGUUCGAGUUGCUGGCUUCCGUUUCGUGGUGGGAUGGCAGCACCACAUGGGCAAAGACGUCCAGUAUGGCUCCCGGAGUAGCGGUUGGUGGAAACUGGCUGAAGACCUUGUCACCCAAAAGGCCUCGGCGGCUUCCCUUCCCGUCUCCUGGAUACAAGAAGAGGAGGCGUCGAAGUGGCAGGCUGAGCUCAAUGGUGUCUUUGAUCAGACGGAGCACCUCUGCCGCAAAGAGGACUUAGACGCAGCGAUCUUGAAGGCUCUGGCUCAGCAGAAGAGUCCUGUCAUUCUUUGCGACCCAUUCCUCCCAGAAUGCCCCGUGAUUGGCGUCAACGCAGCUGCGCAAGCGAUGACAGGAUGGGGGAAUGUCGGGCGCCAAGAAGUGGCAUCCGCCGACGUGCGCCUCCUGGCUGGGGCCAAGCCAUCGGAACGAGGAGGCUAUCACCUUACGUACGGUCGAUACGCCGAAGGUGAGGAAGAAGAGCUGCAGCGGCUGGCAGUCCGCGCUGCUUGUGCCAAUGGUCGCCCUUGCUCUGUCAAGUUCCGGAAAAUGUUCGAGAUGCCAGGCGACCGACCGCUGUCGCUUUGGCUUCAGGGCGUCACCGUUGCCUAUGGCGUGAACAAGGGUCCCCUGGGUGGCGGAGCGCAUAUUUGGUAUUUAGUGGGCAUCCUGAGUGACGCACCCGUGGAUGCUUGGGAGAAGGAGGCUCCGUCCUCGGUGGCGAUGGCCUCCCUAAAGAUGGCGCUUCAGGAGGUUCUUGAGUCCCAUGACGCGCUGCCCAAGCCGGGAGACAGCCAGGAGGCUGGGGAGAAAGACUGGCAUCCCUACGGCGGCGAUGUGCGUCUUCUGAGCAAGCUGGUGUGGCACUGCCAGCCGUGA